AUGCCAAACUGCAUGCGUUUGGCUUCGUGGAUUGCCCUUAGCAACCUGAUUGCUCAUUGUGUCUUCGAUGGGACGUCUGCGCGACCCAUCCCCACACAGCUUAAAGACUUCACAUUCUGGCGCCUUGUUGUCGGGCAUUCGGAUUUACUUGCUUCAGAACUGAAAACACAUUCUUCACCGCUCCGCUCAGUUCACAUCGCAGAAAUCAUAUCCUCUUUGAAGCAGAUUCUCACGCUUAGCCAAUCACAUACUGACCCGGAUCGUGAUACUCUGAUGGAGACAGCGUUACAUCACACAAUGGUUGCCCACCUCGUCGCCUCCGCUGUCGAUACUUUCCAGCACUCCGAUCCAAUGUCACCUCAGUGCAUCACUAUUCGCCAACAGAUAUCUGAGGGUUUGAUGUUGCUCGUCGGUUUGGAUGCUCAAACGCGGUUUCAACAGGCCAUCUGUGAACUUCCCAGUUUCCCUCGUUCCGGUUGCCUCUCGGACGGACUGAUUCCAGAGGCAUUUCACGAGCAACUGGACGCAUACUUAGCUCCUUUUCAAAAUGAACUGGAGAUUGUAUGCUCAUGUCAGCGUGCACAGCUUACUCAACUCAUAGUUGAUACCACUAUCCUCGAGCUAGUGGAUCCCUUAACCCAUGAGGCAGGAUUGCUUUGUUUAGCCUCGUUGCAACGUCUAGUUUUCUCGGGUCAGAACGUGCACUCAGUCCAUCAGCAGGCCAAUGUGGAUCGUACGCAUCAUGAACAGUUAGAUCCCCAGACUGUUCGGAUUUGUCAAAGUUUGAUUCAUCUAGCGCAAUCAGCCGCCCGGUGCACUUCACCGGAAGCUUUGGUGUCCGCACAAGUCCUGUACAACACUUUUCAACGUUGUGGACUAGUUACCAGCACAUACUUGUCAGCCGUGGCGAAGAACGAUGACCUAGUAUGUGACACUUCACUUCAUUGUGUCCUGUGGCCUUAUUUGACGUUGAUCAAUAAAAAAUGUGAUUCUGCUCCCACGGAUCAGGACCACAACUCUGCACAUCAACGGAUUGCCUCGAUGCGAUCAGACGACCAGUUGAUUGCUGAAUGGAAUCAGCUACUAUCUGACUGUGUUUCUCAGUCGGACGAAGGGAUAGCUCUGUCGAAAUUAAUCCUUUGGUGGAUGAAUUUACCCGUGGUUCUGAGUCCAAUCUGUUCGUAUUUAAGGCCGGCCCUCGAAAAAUCUGUCAAAUUGUGCUAUAACAUAUUUCCGUGGUUGUUUGUGACCGCCGUAACUGCCAGGGAUGUGACCAAAAGUCAUUGUUCUUUUUCCCUUCCACGGGCAUUAACGCGAUGCAUUCAAAAUGGGAUGCUCAAUGAGCGCGUUAGCCCGACUACUCACCACCUGUUCCUUGACUCACUUAUGGCACUUCAUUAUUGGUCGCAGUGGAAUACCCUUCAGCGAUCAAAAAAUACCGCGUCGGCGGAGAUUCCAGUCAACUGGCUUCAGGCUGCUCAAUGUGCCAUUUCCCUCCGGCGACUACAUGACGCUCGGCUGUGUUUUGAAUUGGCUUGGCUCCAUGGGGGUUGUCCUUCUAACUGGCUCUCGGAUACCAUAGAGGCGCAAGAGGUUUGGCUCGGGUUGUGUCGUUUAUCUGGUGAUCUGCCGGGUUUGCAAGCCGCGCAAAUGGAAUUCCUACUACCGGAUAAAGCUGCGACAGGGCAAACGGUUAGACCGCUCUCUAUGUUGGAUGAAGCCAAGUGA